CCUUCAACGGUAGCUUCGCAGCUGUCUGGAGCACGCUGGGCAUAUGCCUUUGCCCUGGUCACAUCUUUGUUCUUCACAUGGGGUUUUGCAUACGGUCUGCUUGAUGUCCUCAACUCUCACUUCCAGACUGUCUUCGGUAUCUCCAAGCUACAGAGUACCCUGCUGCAGUUGGCAUACUUCGGAGCCUAUUUCGUCUGGUCACCCUUCGCGGGCGUGUUCAUGUCCAGAUAUGGAUACAAGAAGGGUAUUCACAUCGGACUGACCCUCUAUUCCCUCGGUCUGUGUAUCGGAUGCCCCCUCUAUGCGCGAUCUUUUUCUGGCCGUCAGCAAAGUUCGAAACGUAUGGUGGCUUUCGUGGGAUGCACAUUCGUUAUAGGAUGUGGUCUCUCUACCCUCGAGGUCGCGGCCAACUCGUACAUCUCGGUGCUGGGGACUGAGAAAUAUGCCGCUGCAAGGUUGAACUUCAGCCAAGGUUUCCAAGGUAUAGCUACCUUCGCCGGCCCCAUGAUCGCUUCACGGUGGUUCUUCCUCGGCAAGAAUGCAACGACGCUGGACACGGUGCAAUGGGUGUACCUCGCCGUCGCUGGACUCGGAAUAGUUCUGAACAUUCUAUUCUACUUCUGUAAUCUCCCUGAGAUUACGCAGGAUGCUCUAGCCCAAGAAAUGCAUGAAGCGGGCAUUAGGGCCGACGAGGAACCGUUCUGGAAGCAGUAUCACUGUAUAUUCGGCUGGAUUGCCCAAACGGCUUACACCGGCGCGCAAGUCGGAGUAGCGGCAUUGUGUGUCAAUUAUAUCGUUGAUCAGAAUGUCGGUAUCUCGAAGUCGACUGCUAGUCAAUUGUUCUCUUACUGUCAGAUCGCCUUCACGGUUGGGCGAUUCGUCGGCGUUGUCUUGCUGAACUUCAUCGACCCCGCACUAAUGCUCAGCUUCUAUGGCGUCGCCUGCUCCGCCUUCUCACUCGCGGCCUCCUUCGCGCCGGGCAAGGCGGGAAUUGGCUGCCUUUUCGGCCUAUUCUUCUUCGAGUCCAUCUGCUACCCGGUCAUUUUCACUCUCGGAACCAAGCAGCUGGGCAAGCACACGAAGCGCGGCUCUGGCUUGAUCGUCAUGGGUGUUGGUGGCGGCGCGUGGUACCCGCCAGCGCAGGCCUCGAUCGCAGACAGGAACACGCGGUUGUCAUACGUCGUGCCCUUCACCGGCUACGUCGCGAUGACAAUAUACGCUGUGUAA